CCCUGCCUCCCUCCCUCUGCUCGCUGGGCGGCGUGUGCGGGUGCCUUUAAAUUGCUUUCGCGGGAGCUGCCGCCUGCUCAGUCUCAUCUGUGAUGUAAGAAGAGACUUUUAGGUGUCUACGCCGAUCGCCUGACUUUCUUUUCUUCUUUUCCCCCUUCCCUCCUGCCGCCGGUUCUCCCGCUCGCUCUCUGCGCCGCUGUCCUUGGCCGCCCUGCUGCUGAGGCGGAUUUGCAAAGCCGCCGCCGCCGCUGGGUCCAGCCCGCCCGGAGCUGCGCUGUCCUGGGCGCAGAGGGCGCGCGACUGCCCGGCUCCUCGCUCAGCCGCCGCUGGUGCGCAGGCAUGGAGGAGCAGCCGGAGUGCAGGGUGCUCUCCAUCCAGAGCCAUGUCGUGCGCGGCUACGUGGGCAACAAGGCGGCCACUUUCCCCCUGCAGGUUUUGGGCUUUGAAAUAGAUACUGUGAACUCUGUCCAGUUUUCAAAUCAUACAGGUUAUGAUCACUGGAAGGGGCAGGUGUUAAAUUCAGAUGAACUUCAUGAACUAUAUGAAGGACUGAAACUGAACAAUGUAAAUCAUUACGAUUAUGUACUUACAGGCUACACAAGAGACAAAUCAUUCCUUGCAAUGGUGGUUGAUAUUGUUCAAGAGCUAAAACAACAGAACUCCAAUUUGGUAUAUGUAUGCGAUCCUGUGAUGGGUGACAAGUGGAGUGGGGAAGGCUAUAUGUAUGUUCCAAAGGAUCUUCUUCCAGUUUAUAAGGACAAGGUUGUGCCUGUAGCAGAUAUAAUAACACCUAAUCAGUUUGAGGCUGAGUUACUUACUGGGAGGAAGAUACACACUGAAAAAGAGGCUAUAGAGGUAAUGGAUAUGCUCCACAAUAUGGGACCCGAGACUGUUGUAAUCACCAGCUCAGACCUCCAGGCACCUUCAGGAGAUGAUUACCUGAUAGCAUUAGGAAGCCACAGGAAAACUUCACAAGAUGGGACCACAGUGACACAGAGGAUCCGAAUGGAGUCUCCUAAAGUAGAUGCUGUCUUCGUUGGUACGGGAGACCUGUUUGCUGCCAUGCUCUUGGCCUGGACCCACAAGCAUCCGGACAAUCUAAAAGUGGCAUGUGAAAAGACAGUGUCAGCCAUGCAGCAUGUUUUGCAGAGAACCAUAACGUGUGCAAAAGCCCAAGCUGGAGAAGGAAACAAACCCAAUUCAGCCCAGCUGGAACUGCGGAUGGUCCAAAGCAAAAAGGACAUAGAAAACCCAGAGAUAAUAAUAAAAGCUACUGUGUUAUAAAGGUUGUAUAUCUCCUAACAACGCACAAUGUAUUGAUGUCCUCAUUUUCUUUCCUGUAAAUUGUAAUGUUUGCCUUAGAUCUGUGACAGAAACCUGACUUCCAUGAAAUAGUGCCCAGCAUAGAUGAGAUCCACUACCAAGCACAUGUGCUGGCCUUGCUCGAAUUAAGAAGAAUGAAAAAAGCUAGGUGUAUAUUGCAACUCCCUCCCAGGUAUGAAGAUGGCUGUCAGAUCAAUUCAGUCUUGUUGGGAACUCUGGGUUUGGGAGCACAAGGUUUCUUGCCUUGCCAAAGACUUUCAGAAUGCAUUUGUUAGUGGAAUGAUUGUCUGGAGUGUAUAAACUGUGGGAAAGCAUCUUGUGCCAAUUGAGCAGGUUACCUCUCCCCUUAAAUGCAGUGGUUUGGCAGCCUGCUUCAAUGUUCAGUACCUCAAAAAGUAGAGAGAGAUUCAGGCCAAGUGUGGAGAGGGGUCUGCAGAUGGUUAGCUUUUAGGUUCUCUGUCUGUACAGCCCUUGGAAGUAUAAGAAUGUGUUGUUGAGAACAGCUCCCAUGUCUGGUCUGUGAAAAAUUGCAAGACUCCACUAUCCAGAGGUGCUAACCCUUUAAUAUUAAGCAACCAAAAGUCGUCAGGUUUUUUUGUUUUGUUUUGUUUUCUUUCCCCCUUCUUUCUCUCCACAAAAAAUACAGAUGAGUAAAAGACAAUGGUGGUUCUACCUCUGAUAGAAUACACUUGACACAGUUUUAUCAAAAGACUCACAAGAUGCAAGUUUCCUUAAUAAGUACUUCUUAUGAAACCUGAAUAUCCCAUUUCAUCUUGUAAUGGCUAGGAGGGGAGUGAAAGUCUUUGUUGUUUGUUGAGACCAAUUCACUGUUUAUGACCACUGGUUAGCGUGCUCCUGCUUCUGGGAUGGAUGAUAAAAAAAAGACUGUAUAAUCAAUAGGUUUCUCCAGACAUACACAUCCACCAAAGGCACUACACACCAACCACUGCUGUUGUACAACCUCCAUGCCUUUCAAUGACACUUAGGCAGGAAUCUCAUGCAAGCCUGAUAGAAAUGAAUAUAGGUUGCACCGUAGACGUUUGGGAGGCAUUUUACCCAUAUUAUUUAUCAAUGCAACGCCCAAACCUUCAGGAAUUUUACAGGAGUUAUUGAUAAAUUUUAACUUGAAAAAAUAAAUGACGGUCUGGAUGCUCCAGUGAGCAUGUCUGAAUACCUUGGGAAACAACACAGAGUGCUAGAUUCUGUUACAUGCAAUAAUCUCUUAAAGUUAUUAAAACAAUUUCACUUCCUCUUAGUUGUUGAUUUAAUAGUGCCAGGACUAAGCAUAUUAAUUCAACUUAGAAUUUUAAACCUGUUUUCCUGUUUCUCUUCUCUCUGUCUCUCUGUUCCCCGCCCCCAGAAGAAUUAUGGAUAAAUUGACAUUUGUACUCUUUGUUUUAUUUCUUGUUAUUUUCUUGAGAUAAAACAGGGUAUUGAAGCAAUCCAUGGCACUUUGUAAAACACUUGUUGCAGUGUUACUUCCUCUUUCCUUGCAAAUGACCAGGGUACUUUCCUCCUAAUUUUUAUUAGAACAUCCUUUUCUCUGGAUCUCUCUGGAAAACAGGAUUUCUGCAAAAGUGCUGCCAUUAACAGGAGUGCUGCUUGAGUCUUAAAGCUCCAUUCUGCAAACUGUUGUUUGCUGUUCUUAAAAAUUAGCUUUUAAUUACUUUAUUGCAAUGUUUUAAAUUUCUUAGAUGCCUUCUACUAAAAAUGGUCUUGAGUUGAUCUACAAUAUAACAUACAAACAAUAUAGAAAUAUACAAGAACUAAAAACAGGGGUAACAGCAACCAACAAAUUAUUCAAUACAAUUCAAAAAGCAACACCAGCCUUUCCCCCACUACCAUAGCGCCCCCAAAGAAACAUGUUCAUAAUUGUCACUAAGCAAACCAAUUUAAAUGUCUAGCUGUACAUAAGACUGUUACAUUAACAGUCAUAUGCCUGGUGCCAAAACAAUAUUUAUGUUGGUUCAGGGUAGGCCUCCUUGAUGGGGACAACAUUCUAAAAAUGAGGGGCUGCAAUUGAAACAUUUCAGCUUUUUCAUUCAUUUAAAAUACCCAUUUGUCUAAUCAUUGUGGUUGUAGAUGUAAGCUUGUUGAUAACUUAUUUCCACUGUGGUCCCCAGUGCCACACAAGUUCCCCACCCUUCCCGGUAUCAGGGAUAGGACAAUGUAUGGCCUGCCAAGGUUUUUCUCAAUAAAAGCUUUUCCCGCCAGCCUCA